AUGAGAAAGAAGCAGGUAAAUGUCAGUUAUAGAUAAUUGUAAAAAUAGUAAUUAUGAUGUUAACAAUGUAUGUCUUUUCAACAGAUAUUAUCUUCAUGCCUGUUGAUGCUGGAGAAGAAGUGGUCGAGGUCGGACAACAAGAGGGAGAAGUGGAGAGAGAUAUGGAUGAAGUGCAGGAAGAUAUGGAGCAAUGGGAGGCAGAUAUGGAUGAAGGGGAAGAAGAUAUGCAGGAAGUGGAGAAAGAUAUGCAGCAAUGUGAGAAAGAUAUGGAGGAAGGGGAAGAAUAUAUGCAGCAAUGGCAGAGCGAUAUGGAGGAAGCAGAGGAAGAUCAGGAGGAAGUGGAGAAAGAUGAGGAGGAGGAACAUAACAUUGAUUUUAAGUUUGUUAUUGAUAGUGACAAGGAAGAGGAAGUUAACCAUGAGCUUCCCAGUCCGCUACCGAAAUAUGUGGAAGACAUAGAGGGAAGGGUGAGGCUCGAGAUAUUUUUUUAA